AUGUCACUUGACAAACCACCCAAACCAACGCUUGUAACAAUUAAGAAAAUUAAUGACGCAAGAGACUUGGAUGCAUGCAUGAUGCAUAUUUUCAACGAUUGUCAAUUUUCUAUGGCAGGACACAAGAAACUUCUCGUUCUUUUGAGAAGUUUGUUUAAUAGAGCUUUGGAAAUCAACUUGUUGGAUUACUUUUCACUAAAAUUCACCCAGCUACUCAAUCAUACCCUAAAGUUUAAAAAGGGUGAGCCCAAUGCAGAUCGAGUUGCCAAAUUUGUUGCUCAUUUUGUACGAUCUGGUGCAGAAGAAGCAGCAAUGAUUGAGGAAGCUCACAAAGAGGAGCAUAAAGAUGGCGAUGGUGGCGUUGAAACAACCGACUACUCUGCCGAAGAGAUUGCCAAAACUGAAGCCAAUACUGAGUUUGUGUCAUACUUGAUAAAGCACCUUCUACGUGGAAUUGAAGCAUCAGACAAACUGGUUCGUUAUAGAGUCGUUCAACUAUUUGCACUCAUUAUAAAGUACAUGGGAGAUAUAGAUGCAGACAUAUUUCAGGUACUUAUAGUAUCGUUAUACAAGAGACUUAAUGAUCGUGAGAUUCCAAUUCGAAUGCAAGCAGUAAUUGCUUUGGCUAGCUUCCAGUAUUUUGAUAUCAAUUUUGACGACGAAGAGGAUUUAGAUGAAGAAGGUAAACUGUCUACUGAUAAAGUUACAAAUGAUUCAAUAAUCGAAUGGCUCAUGACAUGCUUGCAACUUGACGAAAGUGCUGAAGUUAGACGUACAGCAAUGCUCAAUACAGAAAAGACCAAAACCACAAUCAAUCUCCUUUUAGAGCGAGUCAAAGAUUUCAAUAGCAUCAAUAGGAGAAUUGUUUUUUCAAAAAUUACACCUGAACUUGGUGCGAUGAGUAAUUUGAAAGCUAGACAAAGAGAGAUUUUGCUACAAUAUGGACUUAGUGAUAGAGAUAAAAGCGUUGCUGAAGCAGCUAUCAAACUAUUGUGCAAUUCAUGGUUUGACUCAUGUGAUGGUGACUUGAACAAAUUUCUUGAGCUCAUGAAUGUGACACGAAGCCAAAUUGCUGAGAAGGCAAUAUCAACGUUGUUUACUGUACGGCCUGAAGUCGUUCAAGGAAUAGAAAUCGGCCCGGAAUUUUGGAAAUCUUUGACCAUUGAAAGUUCUUAUUUGAUGAGAGCAUUUUUCACUCACUGCAAUGAACACAGGCUUUACAAGUUGAUUGAAACAAACUUCCCUGAUCCAUUAGAGUUGGCAGAUACUUUAAGCAAGUACUUGCAAAUGCUAAACACUAUCAAGCAGAAUAACCUCAAUGCUCACAAAUUGUAUGAUGGAUACAUAAGAGAGAUCAAUGACAUUGAGAAUGUCAUGUUUGAAUGUGACAAUUCAAUGGCGAGCAUAAAUCUCAGACUUCACGCUUGUGUCAAGAAGUUGCAAGUACUUGAAAGCUCGGAAGAAGUUUUAGGCGAGUCUAGAAAAGCAAAGUCACAACGUCGCAAAGAGCAGCAACAAGAGAGACAGCGACUUCAGUCUGAAAUCAAUCAAUUAGAGCUGGAGUUCAAAGAGCAUGAAGAAGAGUACAAAAAGUGCUUUGAAAUGAAAACAAUCAAGAUGAAUCGUCUCAAAGCAAAUAGGGGAGAGUUCGAGGAUUACAUCAGUAUGAGGAAGGAUCUAAAGUUUAUUUCUAAACAGCUACUUGUAAUUUGUAUUGACUUUGAUUUUAGUGAUGAGGUUGGGAGAAGAGCUAUGUUGAAUGUAAUUAGGACCCAACUUCAUGAAGAAAACAACUUCGAACAAGAUGACAUCAAUACCAAAACCACAAAUGAUGAUGACAUUGUGAUCAAUGCGUUAAAAGUGUUGAGGAAAAUAUCAAUCAAUGUGAAGGAUUUUGUUGCAAUGACGGUGGAGAUAAUAACUGACAUUAGAGAUUCUACAGAGGACACGGAAACGGAGGAUAUGUACCAUUCAGCUGCAAAUACGUUUGAUGAGGAUGAAAAGGAAGUGAUGACCACAAAGGGUAAUGUAGGUGGUAGUGGAAAGGAGGUUAACCGAGUAACUGGAAACACUGAAAACUCCUUAUCGGAAAAGUCAGACUUAGAUUUGGAUGACUCUGAUUUUGAUGAUGAUGAUGACGAUGAAAGAGAAGGGUCCAACAAAAAGAGGAAAACGGAACCGUCUGUCCCCAAUGACGAUGUCCUACUCCGUUGCUUGAAGUUGACAAAACAUUCAUUAGAACUCAUAGAUGAUAACCUAGAUCACCAUCUUUCACUUCGUUCAAUCUAUUCUGGUUUGGUAAAUUAUGCCCUCACAAGAACUUCAAAUCGAGCAUUGUACUUGACAGCAUUAGAGUGUUUGGGCUUGUAUGCGCUCAUUGACGAGUCAAUAGCCAAGGAUGCCUUGGUGACCUUUUUCAACACAACAAAGACGUCGGGGGAAGAGGUCAAAUUGAUUUGCAUUACUGGAAUAAUUGACGUCAUCUCCACUUUUGGAAUCGAAAUCAUCGCUCGUGAGAGACGCUUUGGGUUUCUUCGAUUGUUUUAUAAGGUGCUUUCUGAUGAUAGCUCGAAAUUACGAGCUCUCAUGGGUGAAGGAAUAAGUAAAUUAUUCUUGGCCGACAUUUUUAUGAUCAAGACAGUAAAUGAGGCUAAGAAUGGCGAGAAUGGAAGCAUGGUCAACCUCGCUGACGGUGCUGGUAAUGCUGUUGGAUUAGAACCCGAAAAUGUGGACGACAACGAGAAGGUGGAAGACGAGGAAGACGAAGACAAUGAAUCCGAGAAGGAGCUAUUUGUAGCUUUGCUAUUAAGUUACUUCAACUCGUCGUCACUGGGAUCUUCAAACAACCAUGAAUUGAAGCAGGUUUUGGCAUUUUGCAUCCCUGUUUAUUGUUUCUCUCAUCCAAAUCAUCAAUUGGGUUUAGCCAGCGUUCUGGGUGACUUACUUUUGAAAGCACUGGAAACCACCUCUUUAAAACCUGGUAAAGUUCUUCCACAAUUGAUUGAUUGGGCUAAUCCGCAAAAUCUUGCUCAAGUGAAGAAUUCUCAUCAUAGUCGUGGCUUGGUAACUCGUCGAUGGUCGCACAUUUGGCAAGCAUUGUACAUUAUUGACGUAUUUGAAGUCAAAGAGUUGGGUAAGGAGUACAGGAGAGCAAUUAUUAAUAAUUUGUCUAAAAUUCCAAUUCCAAUUUUUGAGCGUGAUGAAGAUGGAACUGAUUCACUGUAUAUGAAUGAUGUCAGUGCAUUGUUGCAAAAAUUGGUUGAUGAAAUUGAUCGCAUAAAGCAAAUUUUGGAUAUUUACAAAGAUGAUUAUGAUUAUCAAAUGGAUAGACUUACGAUGAAGAAUCUCCAAAACUUUUACGAUUCAACAUUGGACAAAUUAGAAAUUGUUCAAAAAAAACAAGAGGAAUUGGAAAAAUAUAGGAAUAGAUCACUGAGAAAUUCAUCUAGUCCCAAUGAUUUCAGAAGUCGACGUAAUUCCGUGUUGUUGACUGAUGAGGCGGUCAUAGUUGACGAGGAAAGUCAAGGUAGUAGUACGCCAACAAAAGUAAAACUGGAACCAAACGGCGCAAUUCAAAUGAACACAGAUUACGAAUCGAACGUCAGCAAGAACAAUAGUGUGAAUAAAAGUGACACAAAUGACCAUGAUGAUAUUGAUGGUGAUGAUGAUGAUAAAGCCAUCAUGCGAGAAUCGGAUGAAGAUGCAGAUCAUGUGCCAUCAACCAAUGUCGAUUUGGAGAUUACAACCGAGAGGGAAGAAUCCUCCAAUGACGUGAAAAAGAAAAAGGUCAAACCGAAAGAGUUGAACGUGAGGUCUGCGUCCGUAAUCAAAACUGACACUGUGCUUCCUCGAUCACAAAAAGCGUUUGAACAAUUUAUGGAAGGUGAUUCCGACAUUGAGCUUGACGAUGAGCUGGAUGAAGAUUCCGAUGAAAACUCAGAGUAG